GUCGCCAUAACAACGUCUAAACACAACAAACCGCCGCGGUGCAGCGCCAUCAAUUAUUGCAAUUUUCAUCAGCACAGCAUUAAAAACUGUUUUACACAACAUAAUCUGAAUAUGGAGGAAGCUGAUAAGGAUCCAGAAGAGGCUUCGAACGGGGUCUCCACAAAGAAAGCUGACGAAGACACGAGCGUGAAGGUCAAUGAGGAGCUCAAAGAGGAGGCCCGGAAGAGCCUCCCUCAGGAGGAGGAGGAGGUGGAGGAAGGUGAAAAGCAAAUCGCCCUUCAGAGGAUAACCAACCUGCAGAGAGACUUGACGUCGUUAGUCACCAACAUCCAAACUGCUGCUGAUGCCAGAGAGUCAAUGCGAAGGACAGAGUUGGAGGAAGCUCGCAAAAUCAGGUUGGAGGUACUGGAAAAUGAUGUAAAGUCCAGCCAGGAGAAGUUUGAGGAGAUCACCAGUGGGUGGUUGAUGGCUAAGGAGAAGGUCAUCCCUCAGGAGCUGCAGGAAGCUCUGAACAGCCAGCAGCAGCUGUGUGCUCUGCUGGUAGAGGACAAGAAAAAACUAAUAAAUGACCUACAACUGGAGCUGAAGGUUGGAGAUGAACGCUAUGUGAAGGACUUGAGGAAGCAGGCGGAGGAGCUGGAUCUGAUGAUGGAGAGGAUGGAGGACCAGAUCAAAACCCUGACAAAAGCCUACAGGGAGGAGCUGGCCCAGUUUGAGAGGGUAUAUCAGCAGGAAAGAGAAGUCUCACUUGCAAAGGACAUGAAUGAAUGGGAACGAGAAAUGAAAGAGCUUUGGGACAAAGAGCUAGAGAGGCUGGAGGAGAGGAGGAAGAAAGUGGAGGAGUAUGAGGCGAAAAUCCACAGACUGAUGUUGGAGACGAUAGACAAGCACUGCAUGGUCCAGAUAGACCAGACUGCCAAGUUUCAGGUUCUGGAAAGAGAGCACCAACAGAUACAGGGUGCCAACGUGAUUGCAAAGCUAAAGAAAAUAAAGCAGAGGAACGAGUGUGAUCAACACAGCUUCAAACUGACCCGUAUGAGGAACAGGAUCACCAGUCUGCGGGAAGAGAUGAAAAAAAUACAGACCAGGCGCAGCAAUCAGGUGAAACAGUUGAAAAAGACGAGCCGGUAUUUGUCCAAAGAGUGCAAUCGCAACAUCCAGCAAUAUGAAAGGAUACAGAAGAAAAUGAAGCACUUUGUAGUUGCUGAUGCCAGGGUAUUUGAAGAGAUGUGGCUGACGAUUGAAGCAGAAAUGAAGCAACAAGUUGAGAGGGUUUUAGUGAUCGACUCACUGAUCUGCAAGCAACACCUCGGCUUAGCCUGGGAGAGACCUCCGAUGGACUUCAUGGAGCUCUCUGGUCCCAUCCGGCCUCAGAAACAGGCGUGCCAGUCCUCCGCCUUUCGAACUAGACAGGCUUUACAGGGCAGCCAGGGGACGGUGGGAAGCUCAGGUGGACCUGGGCCGGAGGCUGAGAGCACUGAAGCUGAUAUGCACAAGGCAGGGACAGCGGCGCAGGGUGAGAGCGAUGCAGAGAUGGAGGAGGAGAAGCUGCCGAUGGAGACACUUAAGAAAGUGAUGGAGCUGCUGUGUGAUGAAGCGGGCUUUCUAAUGGAGGAUAAAAUCCUGAAGCUGCUGGCUCCCCUGGAGAAGGAAGAGCAGACUGUUGUGAAGCUGGGUUCACUCCUUUGUUCCUUUGGCCUUGAACAGGGGGAUGUGCCCAGGUUGGCUUGUUUCUUAUUAAAGUACAAAGAAGAGCAGAGACAGCAGACGGAGGGUGUUUGUGGUGAGCCGGGUGAAUCCAGUGACCGGGCAGAGGCAGUGGAAACCAUGCCUACAUCUAAUCUGACCUCUGACCUCAUCCAUCCUAACCACAUCCUGCCUGCUCUUAAAAGUUUCCUCAAAGAGCUCAUGAGGUCCAGAGCUCAGGGUCGCCAACGGGCCAGUUUUCUGCAAAUAGAAGCACGGGAUAGAUCAUUGGACGAAGCCUACUGGGAGAGUAUGGGCAACAUCAUCUCUGAGGACAAAAUCAAACUCUGGGAGGCAGCAGAGAACAAGCUAAAGCAGUAUCUUACGGUCCUCACCGACAUCUCUGAGGUCGCCCCUGAGACUGAGAGUCUGAGGCAGCAGAACACAGAGCUGAGGAUGCUGCUGCAACAAUCCCUCAACUCAAGAGUCAGCACAGAACAGGAGAUGCCAUAACCCAUAAUCAACAGAGCAGCAACAUGUAUGACCAUGUAUAUGAAAUCAUCAGUAUUUUUUAAAAGGAUUUCUAUUCAUAGUAAAGAAUAAAGCAUUAAUUAAAUCAUGUUAUGGAUUAUU